AACUCACCACUCGUCUCAUACACAGAGAGAGAGAGACUGCGAGUUAACUCACUAACUCGCUCGCUAACUCACCCUCCCUCCCCACACACAGAGACACAAAGAGCAAAAUUAAAUGGUCAUGGCAACGCGGCGCCGUUUCGAGCCGGUGUCGAAGUGCCCGACGGAAGGGCGGUCGAACCAGACGGUGGCGGCCGACCUGGACGGGACCCUCCUCGUCUCCACCAGCUCCUUCCCUUACUUCCUCCUGGUGGCCCUGGAAGCCGGCAGCCUCCUCCGCGCGCUUCUCCUCCUCGCCUCCUGCCCCUUCAUCUACGCCACGUACCUCCUCGUCUCGGAGGCCCUGGCCGUCAAGUCCUUCGUGUUCAUCGCCCUCGCUGGGCUCAAGAUCCGCGACAUCGAGCUCGUGGCCCGGUCCGUGCUCCCCCGCUUCUACGCCGACGACGUCCACCCGGACACGUGGCGGGUGUUCAACUCGUUUGGGAAAAGGUACAUCGUGACGGCGAACCCACGGGUGAUGGUGGAGCCCUUCGUGAGGACGUUUCUCGGGGCCGACAAGGUUCUCGGCACCGAGCUGGAGGUGACCAAGUCGGGUCGGGCCACCGGGUUCGUGAAAGGUCCCGGGAUCCUCGUCGGCGUUCACAAGAGGGACGCGCUGAUCAAGGAGAUGGGGUCGAGGGUGGAGGACUUGCCCGAUUUGGGGCUUGGGGAUCGGGACACCGAUCAUGACUUCAUGUCCCUCUGCAAGGAAGGGUACAUGGUCCCGCGGACCCGAACCGAGCCACUGCCGCGGAACAAGCUGCUAAGCCCAAUCAUAUUCCACGAGGGCCGACUGGUCCAAAGGCCCACUCCGCUGAUCGCGCUCCUAACCUUCCUCUGGUUCCCAAUCGGAGUCCUCCUCUCCAUCCUCCGUGUCUACACCAACAUCCCAUUACCCGAACGCCUGGCCCGAUACAACUACAUGUUCCUCGGGAUCAGGGUCGUGGUCAAAGGCACCCCGCCGCCGCCUCCGAGAAAGGGCCAGCCGGGUGUCCUCUUCGUCUGCAACCACCGCACCGUCCUCGACCCGGUCGUCACCGCCGUCGCGCUCGGCCGGAAGAUCAGCUGCGUCACCUACAGCAUCAGCAAGUUCACGGAGAUCAUAUCCCCCAUCAAGGCGGUGGCGCUGUCGAGGGAGCGUGAGAGGGACGCGGCGGACAUCAAGCGCCUGCUGGAGGAAGGCGACCUGGUGAUCUGCCCCGAGGGGACCACCUGCAGGGAGCCGUUUCUGCUGCGUUUCAGCGCGCUCUUCGCCGAGCUCACCGACCGGAUCGUCCCCGUGGCGGUGAACACGAAGCAGUCCGUGUUCUACGGGACGACGGUGCGCGGGUACAAGCUGCUCGACCCCUAUUUUGUGUUCAUGAACCCGAUGCCCACCUACGAGAUCACGUUCCUGAACCAGCUGCCGGCGGAGCUGACGUGUAAGGGAGGAGGGAAGUCGGCGAUCGAGGUGGCGAAUUAUAUACAGAAGGUGUUGGGUGGGACGUUGGGGUUUGAGUGUACCAGUCUGACUAGGAAGGAUAAGUAUGCGAUGAUGGCCGGGACCGACGGCAGGAUUCAGAACAAGGACGAGGAAGAGAAGACGAAGAAGACGGGGGAGUAGACUGUUAUUAUGGAUUAAUUGGGGGAUCCAAAACUGAAGACGAGAAAACAUAUCGUAUGAUGAGUGAACUGAGAAAAGAUUUGUGUAGUAAUUGUUGUUUUUCUACCUUUUCUUUUUUUCCCCCGACAUUGUUUGGAAACAUAAUUUGUCCAGAAAGAAACAUGAAUAAAUAGUUCGGCGUUGUUGUGUGGUGGUUAGUUAAUUAUUAGUAUGAGGAAUGGAGGUAAAUUUGGGAUUAGACAUUAGAGAUACAUCAUCCUUGAUAUGUUUAGUGCAAGCAUAAUACAGAGUUCUUACUUAA